AUCAACUUACUUUUAGUACAGGAGUUAAAUUUUACCUUGAUUAAUUUGUCCUUGGUUAUAAGCAUGAGAUAUGACAGAAAGGACCAGCAACUCGAAUAAAAAGCAUUGCAUUUCACCAAGAUGGGUAUGAAAUUGGCUUCAGUUCUCCUGCUGAUGCAACUGAGUGGUCACUUUAGCUCUGGGACUUGCGGGAAGGUGCUGGUGUGGCCCACAGAAUACAGCCACUGGAUGAACAUGAAGACAAUCCUGGAUGAACUUGUCCAGAGGGGUCAUGAGGUGACAGUAUUGGCAUCUUCAGCUUCCAUUCUUGUUCAUCCCAGCAAAACAUCUGCUAUUAAAUUUGAAGUUUAUCCCACAUCUUUAACUAAAAAGGACUUUGAGGAUCUUUAUGUGAAACUGAUCAACAAAGCAAUAUAUAAAAUCUCAAAGGAUGUAUUUUGGUCAUAUUUUUCACAAGUGGAAGAAAUCAUGUGGGAAUAUUCUGACUGUAUUAGAAAGCUCUGUAAAGAUACAGUUUUAAACAAGAAACUUAUGACAAGGCUACAAGAGUCAAAGUUUGAUGUGGUUCUUGCAGAUGCCUUUGGUCCCUGCGGUGAGCUGCUGGCGGAGAUACUUAAAACACCCCUGGUGUACAGUCUCCGCUUCUCUCCUGGCUACCAAUUUGAAAAGUAUGGUGGAGGACUUCUAAUCCCUCCUUCCUAUGUACCAGUUUCUCUGUCAGAAUUAAAUGAUCAAAUGACAUUCAUGGAGAGGGUAAAAAAUAUGAUAUAUGUGCUUUAUUUUGACUUUUGGUUCCAAACAUCGAAUAUGAAGGAGUGGGAUCAGUUCUACAGUAAAGUACUGGGCAGACCCACUACAUUAUAUGAGACAAUGAAGAAAGCUGAUAUGUGGCUUAUUCGAACCUAUUGGGAUUUGGAAUUUCCUCGCCCACUCUUGCCAAAUAUUGAAUUCGUUGGAGGACUCCAUUGCAAACCUGCCAAAACCCUGCCUAAGGAGAUGGAAGACUUUGUCCAGAGCUCUGGAGAAAACGGCGUUGUGGUGUUUUCUCUGGGGUCGAUGCUCAGUAACAUGACAGAAGAAAGGGCCAAUGUGAUCGCUUCAGCCCUUGCCCAGAUCCCACAAAAGGUUCUUUGGAGAUUUGAUGGCAAGAAACCAGAUACCUUAGGACCCAAUACUCGGCUGUUCAAGUGGAUGCCCCAGAAUGACCUUCUUGGUCACCCAAAAACCAAGGCUUUCAUAACUCAUGGUGGAGCCAAUGGCGUCUAUGAGGCCAUCUACCACGGGGUCCCCAUGGUGGGCAUCCCUUUGUUUGCGGAUCAACCAGACAACAUUGCCCACAUGAAGGCCAAGGGAGCAGCUGUUAGAGUGGACUUCAACACAAUGUCAAGUACAGAUUUGCUCAGCGCUUUGAAGACAGUCAUUAAUAACCCUAUGUUUAAAGAGAAUGCUAUGAAAUUAUCAAGAAUUCAACGUGAUCAGCCAAUGAAACCUCUUGAUAGAGCAGUCUUCUGGAUCGAGUUUGUCAUGCGCCACAAAGGAGCCAAACACCUUCGGGUUGCAGCCCACGACCUCACCUGGUUCCAGUACCACUCUCUGGAUGUGCUUGGGUUCCUGCUGGCCUGUGUAGCAACUGCUAUAUUCGUCAUCACAAAGUGUUGUCUGUUUUUCAACCGAAUGUUUGCUACAGCAGGAAAGAAAGAAAAAAGAGAAUAAUUAGAUGGAGGUUUGAAGCUGUAAUCCCUGAAGGAUGCAACUACUUCAUUUUAUUCCAGCAAGAAGAAGAGUUUAUGAUGCAAGAUUCCCUUCCUCCUG